AUGAAUAACAGUAAUUUGAUAGUCCGAAAUAGCGUGGAUCAAAAACCCAUCAAAUUCGAAUAUUACGAACCGUCCAUAAAAAUUGAAUACCACAACCCGUUGGAUAGCGGAAGAAUCGUUUCCCAAACCUUUCUGCACCCAUCUGGCCAGCCGCCGACGAAAAUUCGCAAAAUAAAUUGUAAUGUUGCCACUAGUUUUCCCCAGAUUGCAAUCAAAAAGGAAGAAAAUUUCGAAAAUGAAAGCGGCACGGAGGUUCUUCUGGUCAAUGGCUGUUGGGAUACGUCCAAUAAAAUCCCCAAUAUUAUAGCCGAAAUGCAUAAUGUGAACACCGAGGAAUUCACACAAAGUUCCAUUUUCAAGCAUGAUCUAAACCUACACGAAUCUCGAGACUUCGUGAGUCCAAGUCCUAGAGGCUCUGAUAGUGGAAUCGAAUCUGACUGUACAGAUGGGAACCUUUCCUGGCUGUUAAAUUACAAAAUUCAUGAGCUGCCUCCAGUUCCAGAUGCCCUAAAUUCGGACUAUCACAACUUUCAAAAUUCCCGAACAAUAGAUGUUGCUCCUGUGAAACCCCCAUUCCAAUCUCACUUCGUACAGAUAAAGGUGCCAAAUAUAAUCGACAAAACCACCCCGUUGAAAGAAGACGGUCGAGGCGUCGGUCAAUCCUACCGAUAUUCUGGACCCAAAAAGCCCCCUUUCACCUACACAGAACUGAUAGAGUACGCUCUCAGUGAAAAGGGAGAGCUGACUGUUUCGGGGAUCUACCAGUGGAUAUCCGACCAUUUCCCGUUUUACAAACAAAACGACGACAGGUGGAAGAACUCAGUCAGGCACAACUUGUCCAUCAACCCCCAUUUCCGAAAAGGGGGCAAAGCCGUUCAGGGGGCCGGUCACCUUUGGACUAUCGCCCAGAGGGAUGACAAGAAAUCUUGGCAGAUCAAACAACGAAUGAAUCAGUUCAUCCAAGGCGCUCAUAAGGAUGCGAAGUCACGCGAGCAAGAGGCAUUCGAUAAGGAGCUUCAGGCGGCCACCGAGAGCAUUUUGGGCGAAAUUGACGGCCACCAUAAGAAUGAGGUAGAAGCGCUGCCUAGAAGGAACAACAAUAUCGAAGUCGAGUACAUAAAUCUAGGGGAGGCUCCUAAUGGCUUAGAAGAUUUCCUUUCUCCGCCGGUCUCCAAACAGGAAAUCGUGAACGAGUGCGGCCUGGGCAGCGACUUUUUCAUCACGGACAUAAAUCCGAACGCCCUAGGCUUAAAUCUGGCCGAGGCAGAGGCCAUCACCGAGGACGGCAUCUACGAAGACAUGACCUUUGAGUAUUAUGAACUAAAAGAGUAA